AAAUAAAUGGCACUGCGAGGUGUUUGGCAACUUCAGAAACUGAUAGUUAGCUACUGUGACUGGGGAGGAAGUAGCAGGGGGAUCAGGGCUUUUAUGGAAACUCAUCUGCCGACAUUUAAGGAAAAGAAUCCACAUCUAGAGGUGGUAACAGAGCUUAUUCGUGGUCAGCACCCUCAUUUGAAGGGCCUCUAUAAGAAUCAUAACCAGCGGGUGAUCUGUGUCAAAAAUACGACACCAGAGGACAUACUAUUGCAUGCAAGCAGGCUAAGGAAUGCUUUGGGAAGGAAGGUCGUGAAGCUUAGGACGAGGCAUGUCACCAAGCACCCAAGUGUUCAAGGCACAUGGGCAACUGCGCUAAAAUUUUGAGUCAAGACAACCAAGUUUCUCUUAGGUGUUGCUGCUUUUAUGCAUGUCAACGGCAUGCUCCUUUGAGUCGGUUCCGAAGCGACAAACUGACUUUGUGAUCGCUGGAUGACAAAGCAUUCUAUACCCGAUGCAUAACUUGUCAAUCAAAAGAACUUGCAGUUUAUCUGUUAUCUUUUAUGUAUGUGUUUCAAGCCAUUUGGUUUCAUUUUACUGACAUCCAAACUUGUCAGGAACUUCUCUGUACUGGUGGACGUUAAAGAAUACCAAGGGAUGUGGAUACUUUAG